CCGGUUUGCACCGGCGCCGCUAGGUGGCAGUGCGGACGCGGCGGUCGGACUCGAGGCGGAGAUGCUGGACGAUCCGGCGCCGGCGCCAGAGCCGGAGCCGGGCCCCACCCGCUUCUCGGGCGAUAACGCGCUCACCGAGCCGACCGUGCCGCAGGUGCACAUCGAGGACCAGGAGCCGGCGCUCAGGGGUCCCGUGCACCGCACGACGCUCAUCAAGACCAGCGCCGACUCGCCCGACAACGAGAUCAUCUCGCUCGAGACCAACUACCCGACCGAGAUCACGGUGGUGCACAGCGAGGAGACGGGCGACUGCUCCUCCCUGCUCAUGACCUUCUUCACGCGCAAGGGCUCGCGCCACGUCAUGGUGCCGCGUGACGUCAUCAUCCACAAGCCGGACGAGCCGCUGUUUCGGCGCAUCAAGGUGGACUUCGCGCCGGGCGAGAGCGAGGGCGCCGACAAGGUCACCAUCCACAAGUUCUACUGAGUUCCACUGGCGCGGGUGGCGCGGCUGGUAGAACUUGGGCUGCAUGGAACUGCCGCCCCGGCCUCUGUGGUUGUCGUAGCCCGCUGUGGAUUGCACUCGCGUUUAUUCGUUUAUUCGUUCUUUUUUGCUUGUAUUUCGGUUGUGCCUGUUUUGCCUUAAGUGGUGCAGCGAUGUCGUUUUAUUCAAGAUGUUGUACUGUUAUGCGCUUGUAUGAUGAAUAAAUAGUAGCAGAGUGAGCCACUCGCCUAUCGUGAAAUAAAAAU